AUGUUAAGGGACGAGGAGCCCCACACGAAGUUGAAAAACACAACUGCCGAAAUUUUAGUGCGGUCAGAGCUGCAAAGGCACCACGACGUGCUCAGACGAGAACAGCUAAGAAGUGGGGGUCAUAGGAUUGAGGCCACCGUCGGCAAGGGUGAGGCAGGUGAGAAUCUUGCCAAGGAUCUGGAUGGGAUGCUGCUUUGUUCAAGACGGAGCAGAAGCAAACGCGAUGCAAACGGCAUCGUGACACUGACGCUUCGCGGAGACUCAGGCCCAGGUCAAAGCGGCAAGCUCCCUGACCUUCUCCACCGGCCGCCGUGCCGAGUGGCAAGGUGGAAGGUGGAAGGUGGAGUCAUCUGGGCUCAAUCUCAGGCAAACCAGGACCACGUGCCGACGACCGCGGUUCCGGCGCCAGAGCCCCGACGGCUUGCUGUCAUCCACCGCAGCCCGCGCCUGUCUGGCCGAACAAAGGGCCGUGGUAGUUGGGCUCUGAGCCUUGGGAGGCUGAUGGCUGAUGGCCACAAGCUCGAUUUGGCGACAGGCAUGCUCUUGUCCUUGUCAGGGAAGGCGAGGUGGUUUCACGAGCACACAGCGCCUAUCGAUUCGCUGGAGGAACGAGCGCCAAGCCCUGGAAUGAAGCCAUCAACAGCCACUUUGGAAGCCUGA